GAUAACGUCAGCAGAUCGACGUAACCUUCACUGCCUGAUCCCCGGCUGCAAUUUGGUGGCAGUACUCAAGAUUUCCCGCCAACUGUCCCCGCGGUUCAGACAGCCUUCACGAUUUCCGACAAGACACGAGAACUAGCUUUUGUUCGCGGCAACGUUUCGCCGCGUCUUUUCGGCAGCGUCUCAUAUGCUAAUACAAAUAACGUGGUGUCAUGCUAGCUGACGGAGCGCUCAUUAUUGUGCUUUUCUUCAUAUCCCACAGUGAAGCCUUGUCAUUUUUGAACUUGAAAAUUACUCCUAUUGAUGGUGUCACCACGUUGGGAGAGGAAUGCUUCUACCAGAAUGAAAAAUUUCGUUUGACCUGGAACGUAUCAGACAAAUGUGAACGACGGACUUGCUAUGCUGAUAGCAAAGUUGUGGUGGUAACGAAGUGCGGAGAUAUCCCGGAAGGCUGUUACCUAAGCUCAAAAGAGCGGCAACCUCUGCCAUUAUGCUGCAAUACUACUUGCAACAUAAAGACAUACAUGUGUCUCACCCGCGACGGUAGACUGUUGAAGAAUGGAGAUGAACUCAACUUGAGGGAUCCAUGCGUGAGGUACAUUUGCAAGAACGGAAUACUUGUCACACAGACAUGCCAAACGUACACGGACCCGAAAUGCAGUGCUUCUCAAGUGGACAAAUGCGCGCCAUAUCCGGCAUGCUGCGGCGUUGCGAAAGUUUGUGCAGGUUAAAAAUUUUGCAGCGAAUUCAAUCAUCGCUUCAAAAUUUUCAAGCGUUGGCUCUGCAGGACUACCAAUAAAGUUGUU